UUGACCGGUCCCUAGAGGCAUAUAUUCUUUGGCUGUUCGGCAAGACGAUGUUUACGGAGAACCACGUGACCACUGUCGAUGCACGACUCAUCGGUAUUGCACGAGAGAUAGCUGACGCACGUUGCCCUGCGGAUAUUCUACAGAGGAGUUUUGGUUCUGCUGUGUUAGCGGCUACGUACAGAGGCCUGUGCAAAGCUUGCUUGUUGAAGUCUAGAAAAUCUGGUGUUGUUGGAUGUCCAUUAUUGUUGCAGCUCUGGUCAUACGAGAGAUUCCCUAUUGGACGACCCUAUGUCUACGUUGAUAAACCUUUUGGUUUGGAGGACUUAGUUGGGGCUUAUGUGCCUGCUAUCGGCGAUUUACCUACUAUGGGAUCUGUUUGGGCACGACGAGAGAGACAAUUUGCGCAUAGUCAGGUUAGGGGAUGCUACCCGUCCUUCACGGUGCAGUUUGAUAGUUUGCACGAGGAUCAAGUUAUCUGGGAGCCAUACUCGGCUCAGGCUAUAUCAUCGAGGUACCCAGUUGGGAUUUCUGGAUUAUGCACUAGAGAUCGGCACUUUUGGAUGACCAAGGCCAAGUUGGUGUUCGAUGUGACGGUUGAGGAGAUGUCUAUUCAUAGGGUGAUGAGACAGUUCGGUCUAUAUCAAGAGCCUGAGAUUCCAGAUAUUCCACACUUGCCAGACCACGUGCACAAGGACAGUCGCCUAGGAGGAAACAAGUCGAUGGAUUACUGGCUUAAGAGCGUUACCCCUUACGUUGACGAAUGGACUACCGCUGCGACAAAUAUCUGGGGUGAGGUUCGGGCCUUUAACUGGGAAAUGUUCGGGUUGUAUCUGCAGCGUUACCGGCAUACAACGAGGAUCUACUUGGUUCCAUCAGCUGCUCCUGAUCAGAUCGAAGCCCCUCUCACCAGCGAUAUGUACCCAACUUCCUCUGUUGUGGGAACCAGACACCACGCGGAUGACUUGACAGUACAGGCGCGAGAGGAGGUUUCCGCUUUAAUGCGGCGCUAUCAGAGGGGAGAAACUAUCCCACCGCGAGAGGGCGUCUCAUGGUUGAGGCGUCUUGAUGACAAGCUACGCGGGAUUUAGGCAGCUGUUACGUGUAGAUGGUCUUCAGAUGUUGCACUUCCUCCUCCAGCACAUCGUCCGCCACGUCCCUCUGUACAGCAUUCAGAACCACGACCCUCUGUGCACCGUUCACAACCACGACCUUCUGUGCACCGUGAAGAACCUCAUCCUUCACAGCCAGGGAACUCUUCCUGGCAUGAGCCACCUCCUUCACAGCCAGGGAGCUCUUCCUGGCAUGAGCCACCUCCUUCACAGCCAGGGAGCUCUUCCUGGCAUGAGCCACCUCCUUCACAGCCAGGGAGCUCUUCCUGGCAUGAGCCACCUCCUUCACAGCUAGGGAGCGCUUACUGGCAUCAGCAGAUGGAACUAGGCGGCAACCAGUCGCAACCGUUCAUGCAUUCAGAGCAGUCACCCAUCCUUAGUGGUGGUGCUGAUUACUUUGAGGGCGACCGCGAGGAUGAUGACCAUGCUACAAACAUUUAUGGCUUCUCGCAGACAGUGUUUCACACUCCACCACCACCACCGACGCAGGAGACACAGACCGUGACAGACGAGGUUAACUAUGGUCGUGGUUAUCGCGAGCCUCGUCCACCGCCUCAGCGCUUAUCGCCUUCCGG